GCUGUCUCAGUUUUUUAUUCUAUCUGGCUUUACUCUGCUUUCUUUAAAUCUGUCCUGCUAUUUUCACAAAGGCUGAAAAACGCAACCUUCCUCCCUCUCUCUCUUUCUCUCUCUCGCUCCUCCUCACUCUCUCUUGCUGACUGGAUUCUACUGCAACGGAGAAAGAAGCGCUAGGCAUUCACUGCAGGACUUAUCCAGCUGAAAGGUCCUCACUCACCCCCACCUCUACUCUGCUGUCAGUCCCACCUCUUCCGCUCUUCCCCAUCCCACUUAAGAAUUCCUCACUUCCAAGUCUCUCUCUCUCUCUAACACAAAACACACACACACACUGGAGGACUAAUCUAAAGGAAAGCAAGCAAACCAGAAAUCAGGCAGAUGGACAAACGUGAGCAUGAAAAAGUGGACGUGGAGGUGUGUAGGACACGAGGAUCCUCUCUGCACAGGAGCACAAAUUCUGGUGAUAGGGUCCAUGUGAGCCUAGUCAUCACCCUUCUGAUCGGGGUAUGGUGUGCCCAGGCAUUGGAAGUAUCAGUGGGGAAGGUUAGUUUUGUUGAGGUGAUGAAUGGUAGCUCAGUACUCUUACCUUGUACCUACAGUAGUUGUAUCGGCAUCAAGAACCUGUACUUCAACUGGAAGUAUAAUGAAAAUGGCACAAUGAACAUGCUUUGUGAGGGAGUCAUCCCAGCUGAAGGUUUGGAGCCUCAUGUGGUUACCUACCAUGAACGAAUAAUGUUUGUGGGCUCCAGUAAAGAAAGUAACAUCUCUGUCCUGCUUUGGAACGUCACCUUCGAGGACGAGGGCGAGUACACCUGCUUUGCCCGUAACCCCAAAGAGAAGAACCGAAACCACAGUGCCAUAUUUCACCUCAUCGUUGUUGACGAGCUUAAGAAAGUAGACAACACAUUGACGGUAAUCAUUGUGUCUGUGAUUGGAGGAGUUAUUGGGUUGAUCAUUGUAGUCAUGGUAAUAAAGGCAGUGGUCGUCCAUUUUCUCAACAAGAACCAGGAGAAAAAUAAAGAGUGCCUUGUGAGCUCUUCAGGGAAUGACAACACAGAAAAUGGCCUUUCAGGUUCCAAAGCAGACAACAAAGCAUCACCAAAGGCAUAAAACCAAGUAUAUGUGCAGAAAUGGACAGCUGUAUGGAUGGUGUGGGCAUAUAGUAAAAAAAAAAAAGCUAUAAAUAUGGACUGUUUUAUCUUUAGGGAAAGGAUAAUGUUAAUAUUAAUGAAGAUAUAUUCUAGAGUUUUGCUCAGUAUAUUUUAGAACUAUUUAGUCUGAAUUCUGGGCUGGAUUACACAUCUUUUUACCAAGACCUGUUUUUUUUUUUACUUUUUCAGAUUGUUUAAAUAUACAGUGCUGUGCAAUCUUAAACACAUGCAAAAAUAUAAUUUAAAUUAAAGAUGAUCAAGAAAACAUUUCCAUUAAAAAUAUCCUAUAAGUAAAAGUAUAUAGUAAUAAAGUGAGCAGUCAAUAUUUGGUGUGCAAACCCUAAUAACCCUAAAUGUCUUUUUUAUAAUGUAUUAUUAUAUACAUUAUAUAUAAUCUUAUAGUCUUUUUUUAUUUUUGUUUUUGCUAUGUUUUACUCAAAAAAUGCGUUCAAUAUCUUAAUGCAGGCUUAAAAAUAAAAACAUUGAUAACAAAAUGUGUUUAAAAAGUAAUGGAGUCUAAGACCUGUAAACAGUUGUGUGUAUUCACAAGUACCUGGAGACAGUUGUUAGCUUAGUGGUUGAGGCAUUUAAUCGGAAGGUCACGAGUUCAAAUUCCAGCACUACCACUGCUGGGUCCCUGAGCAAGGCCCUUAACCCUAAUGUUAAGAUGUAAGACAUUCUGGAUAAGGGUUUCUACCAAAUGCCAUAAAUGUAGACAGGUGACAUAUUAAAUGACAAACCAAGUGUUUUUUAAACAGGAAGUCUGACCACAUGAUUGCGUUUUUUUAACUUCUCAGCUUUUUCCGCAGAAAUCAACUAUUGCAAUAGCAUCAUGGUCACUGAAUGUGAACUCCAGCUAGAGGAGCAAUCUUUGUUACUGAAGCUCCUGCUAUUAAUGAAGUUUCAAAGUCACUCAGAUCUAUUAUGAAUGGAAUCUAAGCAUGCUCAGCACUUGGCUAAUCAUGCCAGUGUUUCUCCAUUCAGGAGUAUCCUUAAAUUUAUCACUUAAAGUUGAACUUUCCCUAAUCAAACAAUUUGCAGUAAACAGAAUUGAUGCUGUCCAGUGAAUUCUAAAUACAAGCCUCUAAAAUAUGCUGCCUAGAUUAUAUCAUUUAUUAUCUUUAUCUGUGAGUAUGUCAAGGGAACAAAAAGGGGUAUCCAGCCCAGAAUCAGAAACCUUUUAUUUGCAAACACAAGUCCUGGAGGUCCAGUACACUCUUGUUGGAUGUCUUCUCCACUCCAACACCCUUGAUUUCACACACAAACUAUAUUAUUAUAUAAAAAGUGGAAUUGGCGUGUUCAAAAAAAGAAUCUCAUUGAAGUACUGUGGCCUUCCAGGGCAGCUUUAGCAUAAUAUCCAUCUUUUGGCGAGAAAAAAAAAGAAAACACAGAAAACACACGUGCCUGCUAACGCUUUAGACAUUUCUUGCUUUUAGAGAGUCUUUAACUGCUAUGAAAAAAAACAUAUUCUGCUAUUAAAGGGGGAAAAAGAAAACUAUAAAAUAAGUUCCUAUGUAAAUGAAGACAAUCUCGCCCCUUUAAGUAAAAA